AUGACUGACGACGACUGUUUAUCACCAAAGAAAAAGGAGUUAAGGAGUUUUGCCUAUAGCCAAAUAACUCAGUUACCAGUCUAUCCAGCUUUAUUUUCCUGUGAAGAAUUUGUCAAAGCGGCUUUAUUUUCCUGUGAAGAAAUUGUCAAAGCGGGUAAUGAUGGACCAGUGUCUAUCCAGCUUUUUUUUCCUGUAAAGAAAUCGUUAAAGCGGGUAAUGAUAGAUAGGUGGUCUUUGAAGUUCAACCAGGUUAUCCUUGAAGGUCAUUAUACCGAGUUAUCGGAAAUUGUCAAAGUGGGUAAUGAUGGACCAGUGGUCUUUGAAGUUAGCUUUAGAGGUCAUUAUACUGAGUUAUAUGGGAUUAAAGGGCUUCAUUUUAUCUUGCCUGCACUGCUUUAG